CUCUGCCGUCAGGAAGCCUACACGGAAAAAGAUAAAAAAAAAAAAAAAAAAAAAGUUAUGGAGCGAAGCCUAAUCGGAUCACGUCUGUUGCAUGCUACUGCGUAGUUUUCAGAUUAAUAAAAAUGUCCACAGUGGCUGCGGAAAUGUAAGGAAAAGCUCAGCGCGCGCAGCGAAGGGCAAGGAGCAGAGUUUCAGUGUUUUGAAAGGAUCACAUUACCGCCCGGUUCAGAGGAGGGCCAGGUAUGUUUUUCCGUUUCCAAGGACUGCCUUGCUGAUGUCACCGCGGAGGAGGGCAGGCCAGGAGGACAGGUGCGCAGAGUAAAGUUGUCUCCACAGUGUGCUCCGAUGAAGAAGUGGGACUGAGGGAGAAUUUCUCAUCAGCCGGGGAAACCUUUUGCAAACCAGCUUUAUGAAGUUGUCCAGUAUUUUUCUACACUCUUUUCGUCACAGUGGGAUCGGGUUUGCUCAAGUCCCAACUGGAAUAACGUCUGUUUGUACUCCUUUUUUUUUUUUUUUCUUUUUUUUUUUUCUGGAAGUGCCAGGCUGUGGUGCCCACGGACUGCAGGGGCGUAAAGGAUCCGGGCUGCCCUGUUGCUAAUAUCGGGGGUUUAACGUUGCGGGGGAGGCUGCUGUUGUUUUAUUAAGUGCUCUUUGCUAUGAGCUGGGGCGUAAGAUCGAGACGCGCCAGCAUCAGAAGCAGCACUUCUCGCUUCAAUGCGACACUGACGCAUCUGGUCUCACAUUCCAGUCGCGUACAGGUGAUGCUCGACUAAUUCAAUGGAAGGACUGAUCAUCUCCAGAGGGAGCUCAAGCUAAAAAGGACUUGUUUUCCCUGGAAUGGAAUACAGCGCAAACCAGCAGCCUCAACUUCUCUAAUCUGCAAUGCUUUUUCCCGUGCGUCAUUGCGCCGUGAGGAUCUGAAGCUGCCGUUUCCUUGAAGGACAACCAUACUCGGGCUUCCCUCCAGGUUUACAAAUAGACACCAACAAUGUCCAAGACACUGAAAAAGAAGAAGCACUGGUCCACUAAAGUGCAGGAAUGCACUGUCUCGUGGGGGGGAUCCGGGGAGCUGGUCACUGUAGUUGAGGUGCGAGGCGGCGCUGAGCUGGGAGAGUUCCCCCACCUCGGACACAUAGUUUCGGAAGCGAUGGUCUGUCACACCGGGAGGUUUCCCUGCAGCGGGGACGUGCUGCUGGAGGUGAACGGAACUCCGGUUAGCGGACUCACCAACCGAGACACGCUGUCCGUCAUCCGCCACUUUCGGGAGCCCAUCCGCCUGAAGACCGUGAAACCAGGAAAGGUGUUGAAUACUGAUUUGCGUCACUACCUCAGUCUGCAGUUUCAAAAGGGCUCCCUGGACCAUAAGCUCCAGCAGGUGAUCAGGGACAACUUGUACCUGCGCACCAUUCCCUGUACCACUCGGCAGCCCAGAGAGGGUGAGGUUCCCGGGGUGGACUACAAUUUCAUCAGCGUGGGGGAGUUCCGUGACCUGGAGGAAGGUGGGCUGCUGCUGGAGAGUGGAACCUAUGACGGUAACUACUAUGGGACCCCUAAGCCCCCCGCAGAGCCAAGCCCCGUGCAGCCGGACUUGGUGGACCAGGUUCUGUUUGAUGAAGAAUUCGACACGGAGGUCCAGCGAAAACGCACAACCUCAGUCAGCAAGAUGGACAGGAAGGACAGCGCUGCACCAGAGGAAGAAGAGGAAGAGGAGAGGCCUCCUAUGGUCAACGGUGUGGCAGAGCACAAAGACAAAGCGGACUGGAGGAAGACGGUGCCGAGCUACAACCAGUCAGCCGCCGCCAUGGACUUGCGCAUAUGGAACACGCAGGAUGAAAGUCAGGAGCCCUUGCCUAAAAACUGGGAGAUGGCCUACACAGAAACCGGCAUGGUCUAUUUCAUAGAUCACAACAGCAAGACCACCACCUGGCUGGACCCUCGUCUCGCCAAGAAAGCCAAGCCUCCGGAGAAAUGCGAAGAAGGAGAGUUGCCCUACGGCUGGGAGAAGAUUGAGGACCCUCAGUACGGCACCUACUACGUAGACCACAUCAACCAGAAGACCCAGUUUGAGAAUCCAGUCCUGGAAGCUAAGAGGAAGUUGAGUGAUGAUGCCCCCAUUGUUGCAGUACCACCGCCAGCAGCCACACCUUCAGCAGAGGAGCCAGGUAAGGGAGUGCGGGGCUUCACACGAGACCCAUCUCAGCUACAGGGCUCCAUCCUGCAGACAGCACUUAGAAAAAGCCCGCAGGGAUUUGGCUUCACCAUUAUUGGAGGCGACCGACCCGACGAGUUCCUUCAGGUCAAAAACGUCCUCCCAGAUGGGCCUGCAGCACAUGACAACAAGAUUGCCUCAGGUGACGUGAUUGUGGACAUCAAUGGGACAUGCGUGCUGGGGAAGACUCACGCUGAUGUUGUGCAGAUGUUCCAGUCCAUCCCAAUCAACCAGUAUGUGGACAUGGUCCUGUGUCGGGGAUACCCUCUGCCUGAGGAUUCCAGCAGUAAUGAGGAAGCAUCGGGCAGCCUCUGCACUUCUAAGGACACUUCCCCCUCCCCGUCCUCCUCCACGCCACAGGACCCCCACUACACAGUCGCAGACGGUGGAACCCUCUCCCGGCACAGUUCUGGGCCACCCAUGACGAACGGAGGACGCCACCACCACCCUCCUCAUCCCCACCAACACCACCACCACCUUCCUCACGCCCCGCACCAAGAAGGCCCUGACCCUACUCUGUUACAGCCAGAGCUGGUGAGCGUGCCCUUGGUGAAAGGGCCAGGAGGUUUUGGCUUUGCCAUCGCCGAUUGCCCUCUGGGACAGAAGGUGAAGAUGAUCCUGGACGCCCAGUGGUGCCGCGGCUUAUUGAAGGGCGACGUUAUCAAGGAGAUCAACCGGCAGAACGUCCAAACUUUAAGCCAUUCCCAGGUGGUGGACAUCCUUAAAGACCUGCCGGUGGGCAGUGAGGUCAACGUGUUGGUGCUCAGAGGAGGUCAGACGUCUCCAGUGAAAUCCCUAAAACCAUGCACAGCUCCCGUGUCCCAUCCUGUAUCCCAGCCUACACCCCACCAGGCAUCUCAUCCCAUACCCCAGCAACUGCCCCAUCCGUCCUCUCAGCCCAUAAUGCAGCAGCAGCAACAGCAGCAGCAGCGACAGGAGGUGAUAAGCAGCACAGAAACCAUCAGUCAGCCAGAGGCACCGCCCAAUCCUCUCCCCUUCUCUGGCAACACCCUGCGCUCGUCUUCACCCAAACCAGACGCAUCUGAGCUCUACCUCAAAUCCAAGGCUAUGUUGGACAGCAAGCCUCCUAAUACUAAGGAACUGGAUGUGUUUAUCAAAAGGAACCAGGAGUCAGGCUUCGGUUUCAGAGUCCUUGGAGGAGAGGGACCAGAUCAGCCGGUGUACAUCGGUGCCAUCGUGCCGCUGGGUGCAGCAGAGAAGGACGGGCGCCUGCGUGCAGGAGAUGAGCUACUUUGCAUCGAUGGCGUGCCCGUCAAGGGCAAAUCCCACAAGCAAGUGCUGGAGUUGAUGACCAAUGCUGCCCGUAAUGGCCAAGUCAUGCUUACCGUCCGCAGGAAACUAACACACACAGAUGGUGGUGGAGAGGAUGAAACCGGCCAGCCUCAGCAGGUUGCAUCCGCCCUGGUCAACAGCUCUCCCAAGGUGCCUCGCACUGGGGCGCCAAACACCAUCCAGCCAUCUCAGCCAUCUCGACCUGAAUGCUUCGACGUCACUCUGCAGCGCAGAGACAACGAGGGCUUUGGUUUUGUCAUCCUCACAUCGAAGAACAAGCCCCCACCCGGAGUUAUACCUCACAAAAUUGGCCGUAUCAUUGAAGGCAGCCCUACAGACCGCAUAGGUCAGAUGAAGGUGGGAGACCGCAUAUCCGCUGUCAACGGCUUGUCCAUCAUGGAGCUGUCGCACAACGAUAUUGUUCAGCUUAUCAAGGACGCCGGCAAUUCUGUCACACUCACUGUUGUGCCUGAAGACGACAGCGCUCCUCCAUCUGGAACAAAUUCAGCCAAGCAGAGCCCUUCGGCGCAACACAGAGCCGUAGGCCAGCAGCCGCCUAACUAUCCAGACAGGAAUGGUGACUCUGAGGGGAAGAUCUCUGUCUCACCAAAAGAGAUGGGAGCGCUGAUCACGUCAGGCCCUAAGCAGGGCUGCUUUGUGGUGGAGCUGGAACGCAGCCAGCGUGGCUUCGGCUUCAGUCUGAGAGGGGGGAAAGAGUACAACAUGGGCCUGUUCAUCCUGCGACUGGCCGAGGACGGCCCUGCUCUGAGAGACGGCAGGAUCCAUGUUGGAGAUCAGAUUGUGGAGAUCAACGGCGAGGCCACGCAGGGCAUCACACACACACGAGCGAUCGAGCUGAUCCAAGCGGGAGGGAGUAAGGUUCAUCUGCUGCUCCGUCCCGGCCAGGGCUUGGUCCCGGACCACAGCUCAAAGGACAAAGUAUCCAUUCCAACCUCAAGCUUCCCCAGGCUCCCUGCAUCCGACGGGCAUUCAUCUCCGGCUUCUCCAUCCUCUGCCUCCCUCUCUACCUCGGAAAUGUCCCCAUCUUCACCCAAAAUAUCGACCCCCGAUGAGUUCGCCGGGGGGGAUCGCAGGGUAUCUGGAUCCCCUGGUGCCGGGCAGGAGCAUGGUAGGCAGGCUAACAGGUCGAGAGGGCAGCAGAUCUCUCACCACAACCAAAAACGCACCACGAGCCCCAGCGCCCACACAGGGAAAACAGGCAGGGGUGACACUAAGUCUGGUAGUCCUAGAAGAGCCACGGAAGGCUGGACGGAUCCCCUGGAGCACUCGCAGAGCCCCAGGAAAACAGAGCGAGGACACAGCGAGUCCCUGGAGGACAUGAGCAAGGAGAGAAAAGCCAAAGGGCAAAGAGACUACCGCUCCACUAGUCCAAGAAAGGGCACAAAGAGGGAACAGGACCCCGCUGCGCCUUUGAGGAACCUGGAGGAGCCUCAGAGCCCUAGGCGUCCAGCUGGCCAGCAGCCCAGCGUUGCCUCUGAAGAAGAGAAGGGCUGGAGGUACAAAGAUGAGGAAGCGAAUUAUUGGCAGGAGAGGGGGGCUGUAGAGAGUGGAGACAAAAGCUGGGGGACCGGUGAACAGCAAAAAAGGGGCAGAAGGGCUGAUCAAGAGGCAGUGGCGCAGAAACCAUACUCCCAAGUGCAAAGGGAGAGGGCAGCGUCAGACGCUGACAGCGGCACGCUGAGCCGAAGGAGCGUAAGGGAGAAAGGGGAGAGGGAAUAUCGGGAGAGUAAGUACCAGGGGCCGGCUGAGGAGGUGAAUAGAAAGGACCCCAGAGGUUCGAGCAGUAGCAUCCAGGAUCCGAGCUGCAACGGGACCACUACCAGCAAGAAGGCUCCUAUCACCCCCGGCCCGUGGAAGGUCCCCAGUUCUGCGAAGAUCCAGUCCCGAGUGGACUCGUCGUAUGCAGAUAUCUGAAAUCCUGACACGAACGCACGUGUGAGGAGGGAGCUGGGCCUCUGAGAGAUGGACGCUCAGAAUGGAAGGAUUCGUUCUUAUACAUUUCUGACAUAGCAGAUCACUGUGUAACCAGCAAGAUAGCUUCUCAUUGCUUAUGAUUUCUUUUUCACCCAGUUUGCCUCAGUCAGUCUGCAUUUAGCUGCUGAUUGUACCUGUGAGUAUUUAUACUGUACAAUGGUCUGUGGGCACGUGUGAGUGUGUGUGUGUGUAACAGGUGGUUUUUCUGAGUGUGAUUUUUGGAAGUGACCCUGAAGUUGAUUUUGUGCCAAUCAGAGACUCCGGUUAUAAAGAAGCUGCUCCUAAUUGCACUCACUGUGAGACUGUUUGUGGGUAAACCGGACGAACGGCUCGCCCUGUCUGCCCACAUCCAUGAAGGAUUCUGCUUUCUCCGUCACACUGAAGGUUUAAAGGCAUAUUCAAGCAAUCAACACAGCUUUUCUUCCAGGCACGAUUGAUUCACUGUCACGAAUGGUUGUAUCAAAAAGUGAGACUGGCGAGAUUCUCUUAACAGUUGUGUAAAAAUGAAGAACAGUCUAAGUUGUUUAACAUCGUUUUUGGUUUUUGUUUUCUUUCUUUCUUUUCAUUUUUGAGAACUGCGCGUGGGACUGCAUUCGUACACGUGAAGGCACAUGAAUCUCAUCGGCUUGUUAGAGGGGUGGGAAGACAACCCCCGGAGCUUUAUAUGCAUCAAUCAGCAGACCAGAUACUUGUGGUUAUAGUUCUAAUGUUUGUUACAUGUGUGUUGAUAAUAAAGCAUAAGGUAAUUUAUUGAAAUUAUAUAUAAACAAAACAGUUUGUACACACAUCCAUGCUGAGUCAUUUCACAUUUGACGUGGACCUAAAGGUAGAAAUAGAAGGUGUAGAUGAGCAUUAGCAUCUAAAACAAUACCACUAUAGAAACAAAAAUCUAUACACUCUAUUUCAUGGUCUGCAAACAGUCACGCAAGCCUGACUCACAACAUUGCUGACUGUUGGCAGCUCUGUGAUUUAGGUCCUCUGGCUUCAUGUGUAUGUAUACAAGCAGAAUAGUAGGACUAUGUAUUUUAGAUAUUGUUGUAGCAUCGACUAUACUUAAUCUGAAACAUAUAUUAUUUGACAAAGCGAUUACACAUAUACUGACACACACUUUAGAUGAGUUGAAUUAGCAGGGCGUGAUUGUAAGAAGUGAGAGCACUGCCUUCAGCUUACUUAAAACGUAAAGAGAUACCUGUGUUUUUUUAGCAUUGUAAAUGUGGGGACAAAAAAAAAAAAAAUCAAAAUCAUUUUCUUCACUGAAACCCCCAAGACUUUUAUUUUUGACUCUUGUUUUUAUUUAGUGCGUGAGUCAUAAUGCAAAUCGUAAAGUAUGGACAUAUUUGCCUGAUUGUUAUAAAUAAAACCAGACUUCUAAAGGAUUCAGCAAAUUUUCCACACAAGGAGAGCAAGUCUUCACAGUAUGCUGCUCUUUCCUGGAUGUGCAUAAUGUUAAUAAUGUGAAAUUUGAUCUGUUGCUUCCUUGGGAGUCUGCUUGGAAAUUACACUAUAAAGUUGAUCAGGUUUAAAUCACGUGACUCCCAUGCGAGGGGGGAACACAAAUACAUUUUUUUGGGAUCAGCUGUGCCCUUCUCCGAAGACUAAAUGUAGCAUUGUUUCAAUAUUUCUUCUGUGGAGUACAGCGACAUCUAGUGGUUCACACAAUACUCUUCACAAAUCGAGUCAUUCGUUGAACCCGACCCUCAUCUGCCUGCCUGUUAAAGCAGUUAACAUGUGCAUCUAUUGGUCUGUGAGGCCACUUAAUAAUUUAUUGUCCACUUUAUUGUUGAUAUGACGUGCUACUCUGUUCAUGCCAAUACCAUGUAUGAUGACCGUGGCCUUGCAUUGCUCCGACAUAUUAUAAAAUUAGUUUUGACAUCCUGAUAGUUGUAAAUGUUUAUAAAAUUGUACAGCACCUGUAUAAAUAUUUGCCUUCAUGCAGGAAACAAAAAAAGAAUUCUCUGUAAAUCGUUUCAUUAUUUUUUUAAGGGAACUGAGAGGAAAUGAUAUAAAAAAAACAAAAUGAGGUGAAAAGAAUAUGUGUUCAUGGCGUUCUGUUCAUGCACUGAUAAAUAAAGGUUUACUGAUUAAAUGUGA